AUGGCUUCUGCAGACCUGGACGCAAUCCCGACGCCCGCGCAUUGCACGGCAGAUUUCUGCUUGAUUCCGAUUGGAACCUCUUCCCCCUCCGUCUCCGCCCAGAUCGCCGACGUCCAGCGCCUCAUCGAGAAAUCCGGCCUGAAAUACGUCAUGCACUCCGCCGGUACAACACUCGGUACGUCCGUUUGCUCGUCCCGUCUCCCCGCAUUCUCCCUCCUAGCAGCUCGUCGCGCACGUCGCACGAACUCCUGCGCCGCAGUGUCGUGGUCGUCUUCGUGGCGGAAAGCGAAGGAGGGAAUGGUCUGA